UGCCGCAUCGCCCCGAGCCGCUCCCGGGACCCGAGCGGUGCCGGAAAGAGCCGAGCGGUGCCGGAAAGAGCCGAACGGUGCCGGAAAGAGCCGAACGGCUCCGAACGGCUCCGAACGACCCGAACGGAGCCGAAAGGACCCGAAGGGACCCCCCCCAAAGCCUCCAACCAUGGCCACCCCGACCGAGGCAGCGCUGGGAGAGGGGGGGGUGAGUUGCCCCGAGGACUGCACCCCAACCUCGCCACGCUGUCUCUGCUCCGCUUCCACCUCGAGGUCCUCCCCGAGGGCGCUUUCCGCCACACUCCGGCUCUGCAGCUCCUGUUGGUCACCGCCGGACGUGUGGGGACCAUCAAGGACGGAGCCUUCGCUGGGCUGGUGCUACUGGAGUACUUGUUCCUGGAGGAUAAUGAGAUUGCGGCACUGGAACCGAAAGCCCUGAGGGGACUGCGGGGACUGCGCUACCUGAGUUUGGCAAACAAUGGAUUGGAGACACUGCCACGAGGACUCUUCGAUGGCCUCGAAAUGCUGACUCAGCUGGACCUCCGUGGGAACCCCUUUGAGUGUUGGUGUCCUCUGCGGUGGUUCCUUUCCUGGAUGGUCACCGCCUCUCUCCCCGUGGAGGUCGGGAGGUGUCGGGGUCCCCCCUCUCUCCGGGGGACCCCUCUAAACCAACUCCAACCGCGACACCUCCACUGCCUCAACGCCGAGCUCCAACCCUUCCAGUCGCUUCCUUUCUCCUCGCUGACGGCCGAGCCCUUCACCCUGGGAGGACACCCAGGGGUGGCCUUGGCCCAACCCUUCGCCGGCGCUUGCGCUCUCCUGGAAUGGGAUCAGUUGGCCGGACGCUUCCGAGCUCCGACCAUCAUCAACGGCUCGUCGCCGGUCGCCUGCCACCCUCUCCCGUUGGGCUCUUCCCUCCUCCUCAUCGUGGCUCAAUCCAGCGGAAGCUCUUCCGUUUGGCGCCGCAGCGGUGGCCCCGGAGCUCCGUUCCUCCGUCUCCAAGCGUUGGGCCACGGUCUUCUCCGACGUCCUCACUCCAUCGCCACCGCCCGCUUCGGUCCUCAUUGGUACCUCGGGGUGGCCGAUAGCUCCAAAGGAGGGACCACCACCCUCUUCCGAUGGGGCGGAAGAGCCUUUUACCCCCACCAGGGCCUCCGCCCGUGGCACCGCGACACCCACUUGGAAUUCUUGGAGCUCGGAGGACAACCGGCGUUGGUCCUUUGUAGCGGCAGUAGAAGACCUUUGGUUUAUCGCUGGAGCGGAGCGGCUUUCGCCCCUCACACCGAUAUCCCCCACGUCCCCGACGUCUACGCCGCCAAACACUUCCGGCUCCGAGGACACGUCUACCUCUGCCUCACCAGGUUCCUCGGCGACGCCAAGGUGAUGCGCUGGGAGGGUUCCAUGUUCCGAGAGGUCCACCAGGUUCCAGCUCGAGGUUCUUUGGUCUUCCAACCGUUGACCUUAGGUGGUCAUCGUUAUGUCCUCCUCGGGAACGACUUCUCCCCGAGUCGCCUUUAUCGUUUAGGACCUGGAGGUCACCUGGAGGUCCUCCAGGACCUUCUCACCCCGAGUCCCAGAGCCUUCGCCCCCAUCUCCGUGGCUCAACGCCACUUUUUGGUGGCCUCCAGCUUCAAAGGGACCACUCGGAUCUACCAACACGUCGUGGUGGACGCCGGGGCCUGAGGGGCGGCCACAGGAGGUCCACCUCCAUGGGGGUUGAGGGCCACCAACGUCCUGAGGUCCUCAAGGUCAUCGUGGACCUCUUGGGGCCACCGUGGACCUCUUGGGGCCACCAUUGACCUCUUGGAGCCACCACUGUCCUGAGGUCCUCAAGGCCACCAUUGACCUCUUGAGGCCACCAUGGACCUCUUGG